UAGAUCUUCAUCUUCUCCAUUGAAGAAUCCAGAGUGAACCAAUGCUAGCUGUUAUCGAAUGAGUAAAGAUCUCACCAUGUUCAUCGCCGUCAUCUGAUCUAUCUAUCAAUCAAAAUCAGCUGAUUCAACUUCACAUUUCUCUUUCAAUUCUUCUCGCCGGAAUGGAAGCCAACGCCGGACUCGUCGCCGGAUCUUACAAGAGGAAUGAACUUGUCCGCAUUCGUCACGAUUCUGAUGGAGGGCCAAAGCCAUUGAAGCAAAUGAAUGGUCAGAUAUGUCAGAUUUGUGGUGACACCGUCGGUGUCUCUUCAACUGGCGAUGCAUUUGUAGCUUGUAACGAAUGUGCUUUCCCCGUUUGUCGGCCUUGUUAUGAGUACGAAAGGAAAGAUGGAAACAGAUGUUGUCCUCAGUGCAAGACUAGAUACAAGAGGCAAAAGGGGAGUCCUCGUGUUGAAGGAGAUGAGGAGGAAGAUGAUGUGGAUGAUCUUGAAAAUGAGUUCAAUUACACUCAAGGGAAGAAGAACAAUGCGAGACGACAAUGGCAAGGAGAGGAUUCCGAGCUUUCUGCUUCGUCUAGACACGAAUCUCAACCGAUACCCCUUUUGACUCAUGGACACUCGGUAUCGGGUGAAAUUCCCAUUGUUACGCCCGACAACCAAUCGGUAAGGACUAUGUCAGGUCCGUUGGGCCCUGGAGAGAAGGCCCUUCCGUAUAUCGACCCGAGGCAGCCGGUUCCUGUAAGAAUUGUUGAUCCUUCUAAGGACUUGAAUUCUUAUGGACUUGGAAAUGUUGAUUGGAAAGAAAGAGUUGAAGGUUGGAAGCUCAAGCAGGAGAAAAACAUUGUUCAAAUGAACAAUAGAUAUCCCGAAGGAAAGGGGGAUAUCGAAGGCACCGGAUCAAAUGGUGAAGAACUUCAAAUGGCUGACGAUGCUCGACAACCCAUGAGCCGUAUCAUUCCUAUUUCGUCUUCCCACCUUACCCCUUACCGUGUAGUUAUCAUACUCCGAUUAAUUAUCCUUGGCUUCUUCUUGCAAUAUCGAUGUACUCAUCCAGUGAAAGAUGCUUAUCCAUUGUGGCUCACUUCGGUUAUUUGCGAAGUUUGGUUUGCAUUGUCAUGGCUGCUCGAUCAGUUCCCCAAAUGGUCGCCUAUCAACCGUGAAACUUAUCUCGAUAGACUUGCUAUGAGAUUUGAUAGGGAAGGAGAGCCCUCGCAAUUGGCACCUAUCGAUAUAUUUGUUAGUACUGUGGAUCCAUUGAAAGAGCCUCCACUUAUUACUGCCAACACGGUUUUAUCGAUUCUAGCUGUGGAUUACCCUGUGGAUAAAGUCUCUUGUUACGUUUCAGAUGAUGGGUCGGCAAUGUUAACGUUUGAAUCUAUGUCUGAGACAGCGGAGUUUGCUAAGAAAUGGGUCCCGUUUUGCAAGAAACACAACAUCGAGCCUCGGGCGCCUGAAUUUUAUUUUGCUCAAAAGAUAGAUUAUCUCAAAGAUAAGAUACAACCAUCUUUCGUGAAAGAGCGGAGGGCAAUGAAGAGGGAAUAUGAGGAAUUUAAGGUUAGAAUUAAUGCUCUUGUUGCGAAAGCGCAAAAAAUGCCGGAAGAAGGUUGGACAAUGCAAGAUGGAACUCCCUGGCCAGGAAAUAACCCUAGAGAUCAUCCCGGAAUGAUCCAGGUUUUCUUAGGACAUAGUGGGGGUCUUGAUACCGACGGUAAUGAAUUGCCUCGACUAGUUUAUGUUUCUCGUGAGAAACGUCCUGGUUUUCAACAUCACAAGAAAGCCGGUGCAAUGAAUGCUUUGAUCCGAGUAUCUGCGGUGCUAACCAACGGUGCAUAUCUCCUAAACGUCGAUUGUGAUCACUACUUCAACAACAGUAAAGCUCUAAAAGAAGCAAUGUGCUUUAUGAUGGAUCCAGCCCUAGGAAAGAAAACAUGUUACAUACAGUUUCCUCAACGGUUCGAUGGUAUUGACCAUCACGAUCGAUAUGCUAAUCGUAAUAUUGUCUUCUUCGAUAUCAACUUGAAAGGGUUGGAUGGUAUUCAAGGCCCGGUUUAUGUGGGUACGGGUUGUUGUUUCAAUAGACAGGCUCUUUACGGUUAUGACCCUGUCUUAACCGAGGAAGAUUUGCAACCAAAUAUCAUCGUCAAGAGUUGUUGUGGUGGGCGAAAGAAAAGUAAGGGGAUCAAUAAGAAGUACAUUGACAACAAAAAGCGAGCAAUGAAGAGAACCGAAUCUUCGGUUCCUAUUUUCAAUAUGGAGGAUAUGGAAGAGGGUGUCGAAGGGUAUGAAGAUGAGAGAUCGUUACUCGUUUCCCAAAAGAGUUUAGAAAAGCGGUUCGGUCAGUCCCCGGUUUUUAUUGCCGCCACGUUUAUGGAACAAGGAGGCAUCCCACCAACCACCAAUUCGGCAACCCUUCUUAAAGAAGCAAUCCAUGUUAUUAGCUGCGGGUACGAGGACAAGAGUGAAUGGGGAAAAGAGAUUGGAUGGAUCUAUGGAUCUGUAACGGAAGAUAUUCUGACCGGGUUCAAGAUGCAUGCUCGAGGAUGGAUAUCGAUUUACUGCAUGCCACCACGCCCAGCCUUCAAGGGUUCUGCUCCAAUCAAUCUUUCCGAUCGUUUGAAUCAAGUGCUUCGAUGGGCAUUGGGAUCGAUUGAGAUUCUUUUGAGCAGGCAUUGUCCAAUAUGGUAUGGCUAUAGUGGAAGACUUAAGUUCUUGGAGAGAUUGGCUUAUAUAAAUACUAUUGUUUACCCCGUCACAUCAAUUCCUUUGCUCGCUUAUUGCACGCUUCCCGCUAUCUGUCUUCUCACCGGAAAGUUCAUCGUUCCUGAGAUAAGCAACUACGCAAGUAUCUGGUUCAUUCUCUUGUUCGUCUCCAUUUUCUCAACUGGAAUCCUCGAGCUUCGAUGGAGUGGCGUUAGUCUCGAGGAUUUAUGGAGAAAUGAACAGUUUUGGGUCAUUGGAGGCACAUCAGCCCAUCUCUUCGCUGUCUUCCAAGGUCUCCUCAAAGUUCUAGCAGGAAUCGACACCAAUUUCACCGUCACAUCAAAGGCUUCGGACGAAGAUGGAGAAUUUACCGAACUCUACGUUUUCAAAUGGACAUCCCUUCUAAUCCCCCCGACAACAAUUCUUGUCGUGAACAUUGUUGGAAUAGUGGCAGGAGUUUCCUACGCCAUUAACAGCGGUUACCAAUCGUGGGGACCCCUCUUUGGAAGGUUGUUCUUCGCAAUUUGGGUCAUUGUUCAUCUUUACCCGUUCCUUAAGGGUCUGUUGGGACGACAGAAUCGUACCCCGACAAUUGUUAUUGUCUGGUCAGUUCUUUUGGCUUCGAUAUUUUCUCUACUUUGGGUGAGAAUCGAUCCGUUUACAUCCGAUGCUGCGAAGUCGAAGGCUUUGGGCCAAUGUGGGGUUAAUUGUUAAUAUUGGCUAUUAUAUGUUGUUCUAUUUAUUAGUGGUGCUUAUGCCCUUUGUACUAAUGUCUCUUGUAUGUUUUUGUUUAUUGUUUGUAUACGGGACGAUUGAGUCGGGUUGGGGUUGUAAUGGAAACUAUGAUUUAUUUAUUUUGUUAUGGUGGAUAUGUAUACUAUAAACAUGGACGAAUUUCUUGAUUGUGUUGGAUGGAUGGUUACAACUUACAAGUAUAUUUGACAUUUGGUUUGUCAUUUUG